AAUUCUAGAUCAGGAACUGAGGACAUAUCUAAAUUUUCUAGUUUUAUAGAAGGCUUUUAUCCACAAGAAUCAAGAUCUUCCCUCUCUGAGCAGGAUUGUUCAAUCCUUUGUGCAUUGAAGACUUUAGAUUCCUCUCUGCGGCAGACGUGCACUUACAAUUAUUUGAUGGGGUGGAUUCGUGGUCGGAGGUCUCGACACAGCUGGGAGAUGAGUGAAUUUCAUAAUUAUAACUUGGAUCUAGCAAAGAGUGAUUUUUCAACACGAUGGCAAAAGCAAAGUUGUCCAGUAAUCAAAAGCAAAUGUAGAGGAAAUGCAUCUCCAUUUUUUUUCUGCUGCUUCAUUGCUGUAGCUAUGGGAAUCCGUUUCAUUAUUAUGGUAACAAUAUGGAGUGCCGUAUUCCUAAAUUCAUUAUUCAACCAAGAAGUUCAAAUUCCCUUGACCGGAAGUUACUGUGGCCCAUGUCCUAAAAACUGGAUAUGUUAUAAAAAUAACUGCUACCAAUUUUUUGAUGAGAGUAAAAACUGGUAUGAGAGCCAGGCUUCUUGUAUGUCUCAAAAUGCCAGCCUUCUGAAAGUAUACAGCAAAGAGGACCAGGAUUUACUUAAACUGGUGAAGUCAUAUCACUGGAUGGGACUAGUACACAUUCCAACAAAUGGAUCUUGGCAGUGGGAAGAUGGCUCCAUUCUCUCACCCAACCUACUAACAAUAAUUGAAAUGCAGAAGGGAGACUGUGCACUCUAUGCCUCGAGCUUUAAAGGCUAUAUAGAAAACUGUUCAACUCCAAAUACAUACAUCUGCAUGCAAAGGACUGUGUAAAGAUGAUCAACCAUCUCAAUAAAAGCCAGGAACAGAGAAGAGAUUACACCAGCGGUAACGCUGCCAACUGAGACUAGAGGAAACAAACAAAAACAGGACAAAAUGACCAAAGACUGUCAGAUUUCUUAGACUCCACAGGACCAAACCACAGAACAAUUUCACUGCAAACAUGCAUGAUUCUCCAAGACAAAGGAAGCGAGAUCCUAAAGGCAAUUGAGAUAUCCUCAAGGCUGCCUCUCCCACCAUAAGCCCAGAGUGGAUGGGCUGGGGGAGGGGUGCUGUUUUAAUUUCUAAAGGUAGGACAACACCCAGGGGAUCAGUGAAGGAAGAGAAGGCCAGCAGCUCCCUGGGAAUGCAACCCCCACCUCCACAGGAAACUGCCUCAUGGGCAGGGCCGUGGCAGAGAGACACAGCAUGGGCAGUGCCUUCCCUGCCUGUGGGGAUCAUGCUGCCACUUUUAAUGGGUCCUCCACCCAACAGGGUCAGGGAGGUGUUGCUGCCCCAGUGGGCCAUGAUUAUCUUAAGGCAUUAUUCUCCAGCCUUAAGAUCUUAGGAUGUUUCCUUUGCUAUGAUUUGUACUUGCUUGAGUCCCAUGACUGUUUCUCUUUCUCUCUUUCUUCCUUUAGGAAUAGUAAUAUCCAUCCUAUGUUUGUCCCACUGUUGUAUUCUGGAAGCACAUAACUUGCUUGGUUUCACAGGUUCACAGUUAAGAAGGAAUUUUGCCUCUGAAUAAAUAGAAUCUUGAGUCUC